UUUGUUUCUUUCGAUCGGGGCUGCAUUGCGACGGCGGAGACUCUUCUCCACCAACGUUCUCCUUCGUCGGAAUCGAAGAAGAAGAAGUGCAGAGGAGGAGAUGGCCGGCAGCGAAAAUAAUGCCGGCAACAAAGUGAAAGCCAUAUCGCCGCUGGCGCAAUGGAGGGUCAAGAGCCUCGGGGUACACGACUACCGCCGCUCCGACGGUUUCAUGAUUGGAAGCUGGAAUUGGUGUUUAUCCGUCGAGAAUAAUAAUUCUAUAUUGUCCAUCCGGCUCAUCUCCAAGCCCAGUUGUAUCACUGAGGAUAAAUACCCCAUCGCCAAGAUCUUGAUCCGUGCCCACUGCACUGGUUCCACGAAUUCUCACUACGCUGAAUGUAAGUCACCUCUGUCGUUGGCUUUUCUGCACUACAUUAAACUUCCUGGAACUACACAAACUGGCAGUUCGUCAAUGAAAUCCACCUCGAUAUCCUGUGGAGCCACGCAACAGUUGCUAUUUUGAUGACCUCGAGAUCGGUAUCAUGGUUGGCAAAAUCGACGCUCCCAAAAAAUCAAAACCAAAAUCAUCCAGGAGCGUCUGGAAUCGAUUUUUACGGUGAAAUAGGAGCAGGAUCGAUAUGAUCGUACCACGUUACAAUGAUUCUACACAUUGAAAUAACU